AUGAUGGUCAGACUGGUCCUGGUGCUGUCCAUAGUGGCCGCCAUUAGAGCUGCUGAGGAGGUCUGCUACAACAGGCUGGGAUGUUUCAUAAACGGCCCCCCCUAUUCUGACACGCUGGAAAGACCGAUCAGUCACUUACCAUGGCCACCAGGAGUGAUCGACACUCAAUUCCUGCUCUUCACUAGAAGUAACCCUGACCAGUACCAAGUGAUCAGAGCUCUCAAUGUCUCCUCAGUCUUUGGCACCAACUUUAAGCCCAGUCUGAAAUCUUUAUUCAUCAUCCAUGGCUUCCUGGAGAUGGGGGCCAAGCAGUGGCUUGUAGACAUGUGUCAGACUCUUCUGAAGGUCUCCGAUGUGAACUGUUUCUGUGUAGACUGGCGCGGAGGAUCAUUUGCCCUCUACACACAAUCUGCCAACAAUGUCCGUGUGGUUGGGGCAGAGAUUGCCUAUUUCUUGGGCUUUCUUCAGGCAGUGUAUGACUACCACAUGUCUGAUGUCUACCUGGUCGGGCACAGCCUGGGGGCACACAUUGCUGGUGAAGCUGGAAAGAGACUGAAGGGAAUUGGAAGGAUUUCUGGAUUGGAUCCAGCUGGUCCCUACUUUGUAAACACCCCACCGAGUGUGAGAUUGAGCCCUACAGAUGCCGUCUUUGUUGAUGCCAUUCACACAGAUGGGUCACCUACACUUGUAAAUCUUGGUUUUGGUGGAUAUGGAAUGCUACAGCCAUCUGGUAAUGUUGACUUCUACCCUAAUGGUGGUGAACAGAUGCCUGGCUGUGAUAAAAGUUCUAAUAUAAAGGGAGAUCUUGAUGAGAUCGUUGCAGGACUGGCUGAGAAGAUAAUGUGUAACCACCAUAGGAGUGUCAUGUUCUUCGCAGAGAGCAUUUUGAGGCCUGAUGGUUUCGUGGGCUACCCUGCUUCAUCAUACAAAGCUUUUCAAAAGGUCACCAGAACCUUAGGUUUUGCUAAGGGAAGGGUUAAACUUUGUGCCUACAUGGGGUACAAGGCGGAUGAAUAUGCACUUGAACAUGGUAACUCUACAAUCAACCAGAAAUUCUUCCUGGACACUGGAGAUGCUUCAAACUUCCUGCGCUGGAGGUACGACGUCUCCAUCACAGUCGAUGGGGGCUUCCUCCUUUCCGGUUCAACUUACUCCUCAUUCAUUGAUGUGAACAUGGAUCUGAACCCCGUCCGGAAGGUGGAAUUUGUCUGGCAUCAGGCAGCAUUUAAGAUUCUGCAUCCCAAACUGGGUGCCUCAUCUGUUGACGUGCAAUAUGGACCUAGUGGCGAGACGUACAAGUUCUGUGGAGGUGAUCGGACUGAAGAAAACACAAUCCAGACUCUAGAAGAAUGUUUGUAA